AUGGAGUUCAAAGAAUUCACGUGUUCUUGUUGCAUGUUAUUGCUCAUUGGGAUGACUCUAUGUAGUGGUUCCAGGUUGAGCCACUUCGACCAGAGUACUCUUGUCAAGUCAAUUAAGAGUAAAGAUGGCGAUGUGAUAGAUUGUGUGGACAUCUCUAAUCAGCCAGCAUUUGAUCAUCACCCUUUGUUUAGUGACCUUAAUGCUCAGGGGGAAGAGUACUACAGAGGAAUGGCUUUUCUAGACAUAUGGGCUCCCAAUGUUAGGCCCAACGAUGACAGUAAAUCGGCAAUUUGGGUUAUUGGAGGUUGGAGGACUUCCGAUUUCAACGUGAUUAUAGCUGGUUGGAUGGUUAGUUCUCUUCUAUAUUACAGUAAUAGAACAAAAAUUUUUACUUACUGGGUUGACUUGCAAUGUCCAGGUUUUGUGCAGAUCAGCAAUGAAUUUGCAUUAGGAGCUCCUUUUGUUGUUGUUUCUAAGGUCGACGAAGGUUUGCCAACUAAAUUUCCUUUGGUUAUCUCUAAGUUUGAUAAACUAGGGAAGUUUACAAGUCAACAGCUAGACAUCCAGUUGGGAUUUGUGUUUUGA